ACACUUCCGCUUGUUACAACCCUCCGCAAACCACACCUCACUUCCCCCAAAGCUAUCACCCACACCUCAAUUUCUCAAAGCUGCUACGCGCAGCGUCUCUACGCUUAUAUACGUGAAGUUUGACGGCACAAUCUCGCGAGUUGAUACUUGUGACGUCUGAACAAGCUGUCCGGAAGGAUUCGAAGACCCAGACGUUAACGGCGCUGCGGGACUUUUAAAUUGCAAUCCGGAACUGCGGGCAGUGUUUAGAAAAUCGACUCUGUUGGACGGUUUCACGAACCCUCUGAAAACAGAACCAGCGACAGUGUGGGAGCUUUACCAGUCCUAGACCGUGACCUUAUCCUACAUUUGGAGCCGCGCUGUAAUGAACAACAUCCUCGGUUGCUAAUUUCCAGGGCCCUGACAACAUAUUCUACUAUUGCCGCGUUGAAGAUACAUACACGCCCCCUCAGGAAGCAGGACCGGCGCUAUGACUGCAUAUUCACUUUUGCUACAUUGUAUUUUUCUCUAUGUAACUUUUUUUCUUUCUCUCAUACCUUAGCACACACUAUGUAUGAUACAAUUUUAGUGUUCUUGUUUGGGCACAUUAUCAGUGUUUUACUUACAUCACCGCACCCCCCCCCCCCCACUGACGUUUGGUGACGUCAGCACUCCUCUUUCCGGACACUGAGGAUUCAAAUGUUUGGCCCUGAAACACUCCUACCGAAAAUAACACCUUUUACUCUUCUACUGCAAACUCCUUCUGGCACAUCUGGAUUAUCAUUGAAUUGCAGAAAUCUGAGGGAGAGGAACAUUGGAAAAAGAAAUGUUGUCUGCUUGCCAUACCUUCUAAGGCUGGAGGAGAUUAGUGGUGGCAAACAAAUUAGUUCUCAAGAAGAAACAGAUUACAGAUCAUCCCACCUUUCCAGUUUAUUUUUUUUAUGAAAUACUUGGGAUUCUACAACAUGCCUUGUGAUCGUUUAUUGUAUCGGUUUACCUCUUUUUGACAUUUUUCAUUUGCAUACCUGGCUUCCACUAUUCUGUAUCUCAGAUUCCCUACCAACUUUUUGUGGUGCUAUGCUGCAUCCUGCUGACCCCUUUCUACAUCUUCACGAUGCCUGCAGGAAAUGUUAAGACAUUUAAACCAAGCAAAUACGUACCUGUAGCUGCAGCAACUGUUUUUUUGGUUGGAUCUACAACACUGUUCUUCAUUUUCACAUGCCCCUGGCUUAGUGUGGAAGUGUCCCUUGCUCUUCCAGCCUAUAACGCAGUCAUGUUUCUAUUUGUACUGGCCAAUUUUAGCAUGGCCACGUUCAUGGAUCCUGGUAUCUUCCCUCGAGCAGAGGAAGAUGAAGAUAAAGAAGAUGACUUUCGGGCACCUUUGUACAAGACAGUGGAGGUUAGGGGAGUGCAGGUUCGCAUGAAGUGGUGUUCAACAUGCCGUUUCUAUCGUCCACCUCGUUGUUCCCACUGCAGCGUUUGUGACAAUUGUGUUGAGGAGUUUGAUCACCAUUGUCCCUGGGUAAAUAAUUGUAUUGGACGCAGGAAUUAUCGUUACUUUUUCCUUUUUCUGGUGUCUCUUACUUUGCAUAUUAUGAGUGUAUUCAUCUGUGGCCUUUUCUAUACAAUGGGACACCCUGAUCAGCUUGGAGAUAUUGCUGCUGCAAUCACUAUUUCAGUUUUGUGUGUUGCUGGCCUCUUCUUUUUUCCAGUGGCAGGUCUAACGGGAUUUCACAUUGUGCUUGUUUCUAGAGGACGCACUACCAAUGAACAGGUUACAGGAAAGUUCCGUGGAGGGGUGAAUCCAUUCAGUGACGGAUGCUGUCGGAAUGUGAGCCAUGUUUUAUGCAGCUCCACCCCACCCAGGUACUUGAAAAACAGUCAGCCAUUAUUUCCUAUAUCACCUCCAUUUUUACAUCCGGUAUUAUCAGAGAAUCACAUUGGCCUGAAGAUCUUGGAAAAUGGAGUCCAGAGCCCCUCCCAGCAAUAUCAGUCUCAAAGCAGCUUGGAAUUGACAGAGUCACAAUCUGCUGAUGCAGAUCCCCCACCUCCACCGAAACCUGUCUUGAGCCACUUUACAGGACUACGAGGACACAUGAACCCUACAGAAAAAGAAGUUGAGAAUGCUUUCUCAACCACAGAGAGUGCCCCCACGCCUACAUUGUACAGAUACAGGCCUGGCUACAGUGGAGGAAGUGUUCCCCAGCCUGGAUCAAAGUUGUCUCGUGUAGAAAGUCUUCAGGACUCUUCAAUUCCUACAUCAGAGCAAUCUCGCCCCUCAAGUUCUCGCUCUGAGCCAAGUCUUGAUCCAGAGCUUCAACCUCUUCCUGCACGGUCUUCUAGUCUGCGUUCUGCUGUAGGAAUUCCUGGUCCAUUACCCUCCCUUCCUUCUGAAGGAACAACGUCUACCUCAUAUAAAAGUUUCAAUCAAACACAAAAUGGGAGUUUAUCCUACCAGAGUUUGCUUAGUCCUUCUGAUGAAACAGAUCCUGAAACAACUGGAUACUCCUCUCCAUACCUAUCCGCUCGAGAACGUCCCCGACCUGCAUGCCCUCCUCCAAUAGCCCCCCGCUAUGGAAAACCUAGAAUUAGCAAUUACCGACCAGGAGAUGCAGAUGCAGCAACUCUUCCACUUUUGACACUAAGGGAUGAGUCACCUGUGAAAUCAACACAUUCAUGCACUAAUGGCCAGACUGCUGUCUCUCCUCCAGUCAGCCCAUCUCGUCAAAGUGGAGUAAAGACUGUAUCUGGUGUUGGAGGCACCACAUAUGAGAUAUCUGUGUGAGUGUAAAAGCACUCCUAAGACACAAAUGGUCACAAAGUGACAACUACCAGCGUGAGCAUCAAAGCUGGCCAAGACUAGCACUUUUAGAAGUGCUCAGGUGAAGCUGCCUGUGGGGUCUGGGAAUUUAUUUUAGAAUUUUUAUAAUUGCAACCCCUUUCUAUUUUGAUACCUGGUUCACCAAGUGUCAAGUGGUUUUAAAAGAUUGUAUCUGUCCAAAAUAAUGUAUUUCUGGGGGUUCAAUAAUUAUCAUGUUGUACUGGCACAAAAGCAUUUUACUGCUAAGGCAAAUCAAGCUUUAAUUUUGUGCUGCAAUCAGUAUACAACACAAAGAAGAUUUCUACCUUAUACUUGGACGAUGGUGAUAUCUAAUUAGUAGUUUUGGAUAAAAUUUAAUUAUCUUACAUAUUUGAAAGAUAAAGGGGUUGUAUAGUCAAAAAUUAAAAACAAGGUACUAGGUUUUCCAUUAAAAAAACUAUAUUCAAUAUACAUUGAUUUCAAAAUCCAAACCUUUCUUAUUUAAAAACAGUUUCUUACCUGCAAUUUCCCCCUUCACUCCACUAGCUCUGGUUACCGAGCCCACAAAUACUCCCACAGAGGGUGGCUAAAGAUUUGUGUUUUCAGUAAUCUGAGCUAAUGCAGUAAAUAUUGAAUUGCAGGCAAGACAUCAUAUUUAAAUUAAAAAAAAGUACAGAUAUUUAAAUUAAUGUAUAUUGAAAAUAGGUUUCUUUUUUUGAUGUAGAACCUGGGGCCAUGAUUUUUGACUUUAGAACCUAUUUAAGGAGUUAUCAGUUUUAUGCAUAUUUUUUUUUUUCUUUAUUAGGCGAUACUUACUGGCAGAAAUAUAUGUAUGUUGUAUAUUUAUCUGUUUUGUGUGUGUAUAAAUAUAUACUGACACACAUGAAAAAAAAAUAUAUACAUAUAUAUAUAUAUAUAUAUAUAUAUAUAUAUAUAUAUAUAUAUCGAGAGAGAGAGAACAGAUGCUACAUUUCCACUUCAUUCAAAAAGAAAAGAUUCUUUGUUUUAUUUGUUAAAGAAUUACAAAUGUUCUUAGUCAAAACUACAUUGCAUGUGACUAAAUGGUAUGGCUAGUAAUCCAUUCCAGACUUAAAUCUGUGUGAUUCCUUCUUGACUCCAAAAGGACAAUCAGACUAGUCUCUGGAUCAAUUUAGCCAUUUCCUCACUUGCCAAAAUGUUAUCCAGUUUUUUUUUUUUUAAACUGUCAAAUGUUUUUCUUUCAUUUCUCUUGCUGUAAAAGACCCUUUUUGUACACCUUAAGAUGGCUCCACCUUUAUGCUAGAGGGAAGCCAUUUAAACAUUCCUAAUUGAGCAGCCUUUCUAGUGCGAGAGAAAAUUUGGCAAGCAGUACCCCAAAACAAUGUAUUUGUGAAAUAAAAAAGUGAUUAUUACAUUU